CUGGACCAGACGGCUCUCAAAGUCCCUGGGAGAAGAUGCUGCUGCUGCUGCUGCUGCCUUGGCUAUUGCUGGCAGGACCCUGGCUGGCCUCCUCUUCUCCUUCUUCUUCUUCUUCCCCGGGGGAUCCACCACUUGCCUCCUGCUCACCCGAGGGCUGCUUUGCUGUCUAUGGCCAGCGCCGGACUUUCUUGGAGGCUUGGAGGAGCUGCCGGGAACUGGGGGGCAACCUGGCCACCCUCAAGAGGGCCCAGGAGGCUGCCCAGGUGAGCCAGUUGCUCCGCAGCCACGCCGAGGACGGGGAUCCCCAGCAGCACCAGCAGCCUCCCCGGCGGCUCUUCUGGAUCGGGCUCCAGCGGCAGCCGAGACAGUGUCACCCCCAGAAGCCCCUCCGAGGCUUCACUUGGACCACCGGUGAGCAGGACACGGUGUACACCAACUGGGCCCGGCCCAUCGAAAGUGGUGCUGGGAACAGCGGCCCCAGCUGCGCCGCCCCGCGUUGCGUGGUCUUGGAUGACCAGGACUUCCAGUGGCUAGAAGGUUCUUGCACGGUGCCGGUUGACGGCUUCGUGUGCCGCUUUGCUUUCCAAGGGAUGUGCCCUGGCCUUGACAGGGUGGGCAAGGAGGUUGCCAUUACCUACAGCACCCCUUUUGGCCCGGCCGGUCCCCAUUUGCGCUACCUGCCCUUUGGCACCGUUGCCACCGUUCGCUGCGGCCCAGACCUGGCAUCCCCCGUAGUCUCAGUGCUUUGCUUCCAGCAAGAAGAUAACACAGUAGGUUGGUCGAAGACAGAGCCAAUAUGUCCAGACGAGGUGUACCCAUCCAGCGGCUGUGAGGGUGACAAUGGAGGGUGCCAACAACUUUGCCUGGAUGAAGGCAGCGCGGGGUACUCCUGUGAGUGCCACACUGGCUACUACCUCCUCCCCGACGGUCACUCCUGUGCUACCCAUGACGCCUGCAAAGGUAAUCCUUGCCCCUUCGGUUGCUUGGCCCUGCCGGAGGGUGGCUACCAGUGCCAGUGUCCAGCAGGCUAUGAACUAGGCCCAGACGGGCACCAAUGUGAGGAUGUAGAUGAGUGCGCCGAAGAGGCACCUUGUGAACACCAGUGUGAGAAUACCGAGGGCUCUUUCCUCUGCCGAUGCCACCUGGGAUUCAGCCCCGCUGAAGAGGAUCCAGGGCAAUGUGUCGACACUGACGAGUGCCAGUUCCCCGGUGUGUGCCAACAGAUGUGUGUCAACUAUGUGGGUGGCUUUGAAUGCUAUUGCACUGAGGGUUACGAGUUGGAUGCUGACGGCAUUAGUUGUGUCCUGGUGGCCCAAUUGCCACCCUCGGCCACUGCCCAGAGCCACCCUGGCGGUGGCGGUGGUUACUUCCAGCCCUUUGGUGUUGGCCAUGGAUGGGAGCCAGAGGUGGAUGACCGCCACUACCUGGAUGACCGCUUGCCUGCCUCAGACCCCUUCUCGGCUUUUCAAGACAUUUGGGUGCCAUCUCCUGACUUGCCAUCCAUCCCAGAUUCCCGGGUUGUUCCCCGCAUGGUGCCAGACACAGAAACUCCCGAACUAGCCCCCCUGGAUUGGAAUCCAUCUCUUUUGGAGACUGUGGAGCUUAGCCGGAUUCCCAAACUGCCCUCAACCACCCCCACCACAUCUCCUCAUCCCAUACCCACCCGUUCCCUCCUGCCCACCCCUAUUGGCACCUCUGAAGAUCUUUCCACUCACCUGAUGCAUCCUGUCUCAGACCCACACCUUCCCCUUGUCCCCACAACCACUUUGCCCAUGCUGCCCCCGACUGAUGGCAUAAAAGGGGGUGUUGCGGUGUGGGGGGUAAGGGCACUUCCCCCAAGUUUGCCCCCACAGAGCCCCACUCCAAGCGAGGAAGGCACCAUCCGUCCGAAGCGCGAUGACCGCUGGCUCCUGGUCGCCCUGUUGGUGCCAAUCUGUGUCUUUGUGGUCAUCAUGCUGGCCCUGGGCAUCGUCUACUGCACCCGCUGUGGAGCUCAGGCCAAAACGCGCAGCGUCACCCAGUGUUACCGCUGGGUGAUCAGCUCGGCAGGGAAAGGCGCCCCGCCACCCUCGUCCUCCCGGGCGUGCCAACCCGCCACAUGCCGAACCAGCGUCUGAGCCACGUGCCAGCAGUGGGCACGGUGCUCCUUUCUCUCCCGGGACUGCACCAUUUGUGACACAGCUGCUGAUUUUUGGGCAGAAAAGAUGGAGCGCAAAGAAUUCUCUCCCCAUUGAAUGGGGAUCAAACAUGCCAGACUGUAGGGGCUAGAGCUUGCCAAUUCUGGACUGCAUCUCCCAUCAUCCGCUUUCUGACGCUGGCAGGACAAUUCUGGGAGGUGUAGUCCAAGGAAGAGCAGCUUUGCCAGGCUCUGGUUUGACCCCCUUCCACAUCCAUUCACUCCAUAUCUGGGACACGCUGAACCACAGGAGGAUAUGGAGACUUGGAGCCAAAAUAUGAUUCUCUCUAGCCAUCACCAGGACUCUUGCUUGGUUGGGUUCAAAUCCCAGCUUGGCCAUGGAUAUGAACUGGGUAAUCCUGGGCAAGUCGCACGCUCCCAGCCUCAGAGGAUGGCAAUAGCAAACCUUCUCUGAACAAAUCUUGUCCCAGAAUAGGGCCACCAUAGGCCUGAAAUGACUUGAAGACCCAUAAGAAUAAACCAACCACAACUCACUUGGCCAGGGGACCAGAGGACCUUCUCUCUCCCUUUGCUGGGUGGGAUACAGGCCAAAACCAGGGAAUCAUUGCUGGGACGUGUUGCAAGGACAAAGAGACCCUUUGCUGGCACAGAGAACUGUCCUCUCCUGCCAGCUGGGAUGCGCAGUACCGCACACCCCCAAAGGGCCCCAAAACUUGGCCGGGGAUGCCGUGAAGAAAAAGAAGACAGGAGGUGCUUUUUAAACAUACUGCAUCAUCCUUGCUGCUCCGUCCAGCUCAGGAUGAUGGACAUGACUGACCUUGCCAGGUCCAGAAUUGGGGAUUGUUUGUACGCCAAAUACAUCUUCAGCCACCGCUUAAAAAGAGAAAGGUCUCCAGUCCUUACGGUGCCAACAUGAGAGGUUGGUUUGAAAGACACCGCCACCUUCUACCACGCAGCUGAGAAAUACAACUGUAACCCCAGAUGGGGUAGGACUGCAACUCCCAUCAGUCUUAUCCAGCAGAGUUGAGGGAUGCUGGGAGUUCAGAGUCCAACCAUGUCUGGGGAAGGAAAGUGGCAUGAUUCCCCAUCCCUGGUUUAGAUGGUUUCGGAGAUAAAGUGUCUUCCAGUCCCACCUGGAAGUUGGAAGAGACCUCAAGGGUCAUCCAAUCCAACCCGCCAUGCAGGAAGACACAAAGCAGAUGGAGGUGUGGCAGACUCAAACUCAGGACACCCUGCAUGUAAAGUGUGUGCUUGGCAGCCCUUUGUAAUAUUGGAAGUGUAGGACCAGGGUGUUAUUGCCGUUACACCUGGACAUAAAAAAAGCACACAAUGUACACCGAUUUUUCCCCACCUCCGGCCCGCUCUCGCCCAGACCGCAGCUGGCAAAGGUGGCUCUCUGGAAGAUGACUGCUGGAAAAGUGGGCCCACCAAAGCUUGGCCAAGCUUGCCCACUGUCCAGUUGGUCAGUGGCCUUGGAGAGAUGGACUUUCAGACUCCCUUAGGCCUCUUCCUCCUACUCCUCUUCCUCAGGACAAAACUUUGGCACCCUUUUUCUUUUUGCUGGGCGCUUCUAGGACCCCGGCUGGCAUGGGGCCCGGUCCGUGCCUUGAACCCGGCACAGAAAAGGGACUUAUUCCAGACAUCAGGGGUCGGGUGUCCAGUUUUGGAGGCUUUUUUGCUAGUGUGCGAAGCAGAUGGGUGGGUGGGCUUGUCUUUUGUAGUUGUUGCCAAGAGGGAAAGGGGCACUAUAUGGGCACCCAGUGAAGAUGGGGAGGGCUGUGCUGGUCGUGACUGCUGAUGUACUUUUCCUUUGUGGGGGGAUUUUUUUGCCCCCCUUGUGUAUGUGUGUGUGUGUGUAUAUGUGUGAUUUUUGUUCACCUCCAAUAAAAGGGACUGGCACCUCCAACUGGCUGGAAUGAGAAGAGCAUCUUCUAUGUAUGGUGGGAGUAAAGCAUGGGAGAGAAAGGCGUGUGGGGCAACAGAGACAAGGAAAGAAAUUCUUAUUUUGAAGCACUCAUGUGGUUCAGUGGGCCUAAAGACCCCCAAAAGCACCAGAUCCAGUCUGAGCUUGGAAGCUAAGCAGCCAUGGUUUGUAUUUGGAUGGGAGACCGACAUGGAAUACCAGGUACUGUAGGCUAUAUUUUGGAGGAAGGACUAGACAAAACCAGCCAAAGAAAACCCUCUGAAAUGUGUGGGGUCACCACAUGUGGAUAGGUAACUUGAAGGCCCCUAUACGCACAACGCGCAUGAUGUGGCACAAGUUGCACACACACAGCAGUCUCAUAAGGAUACGGAAUAUGAGAGCCUACAUGGCAUAGUGGACCUUGGGCAGGUCACACUCUCUCAG